UAACACAGAAACGAAUAGUUUGUAUAGAUUUAGUCUGUCAGUAAAAUGUAUAAAUACUGACAUAUUAAGAAAGUUAUUAUUAUUUUAAAUAAGCUAAAAUAAUUAUCAACGAGUCCACCUAUAAAAAUUUAAGAAAAAUUAUCUAUAAAUGUGGCAAUUGACGUUAUUAAUCACUUCUUACUGAUUGACGUUUCAAAGCCGGCUGUUGUUUUUGUUUGGUUUCAUGUUUCAUAUUCAUAUUGUUUUUGUUGUUACGAGUGAUUAAUAGAAUUGUGACAGUUUAAAUUGUUGCUUCAGAAUAGAGAGAAAAAUGAUUCCGCUGUUACUUCUGUUGAUACCGUAUUGUUCUGGUCUAAGAAUGGAUAUAGUUACACAUUCAUCUGAUGAAGUCACUAACUCUAAAGAGCUUCAUCCACUAUCUGAUGAAUUCAUUAACUCCAUCAAUGCAGCAAAAUCCACAUGGACUGCAGGAAGAAAUUUUGCUCAGGACAAAUCAAUGGACUAUAUCAUUAAAUUGAUGGGGGUAUUACCUGACCAUAAGAACUAUAUGCCUCCUGUAUUGACACAUAAACUAGAAGCUCUAGAAAUUCCAGCCGAUUUCGAUGCUCGUCAGCAAUGGCCACAUUGCCCAACAAUUCGGGAGAUAAGAGAUCAGGGAUCAUGCGGGUCAUGUUGGGCUUUUGGAGCAGUGGAAGCUAUGUCAGACAGAGUGUGCAUUCAUUCUAACGGUGAAUCUAACUUCCAUUUCUCAUCAGAUGAUUUGGUUUCUUGCUGUUGGACAUGUGGAAUGGGAUGUAAUGGUGGAUAUCCUGGUGCAGCUUGGCAUUAUUGGGUCAGAAAAGGUCUUGUCUCUGGUGGUCAAUAUGGUACAAAACAGGGUUGCCGGCCAUACGAAAUUCCUCCUUGUGAACACCACACAAACGGAUCACGUCCAGCCUGCGAUGCUUCAGAAGGUAACACGCCAAAGUGUGCAAAAUCAUGCGAAAGUAACUACAAGAUCAAUUACAGUAAUGACUUGCACUUUGGCUCUAAAGCAUACUCCAUUAGUAGUGACGUCAAACAAAUACAGGCUGAAAUAUUACAAAAUGGACCCGUAGAAGGAGCAUUUAGCGUUUAUGCUGAUUUCGUGAACUAUAAAACUGGGGUUUACCAACACAUAAAAGGACAAUUCUUGGGAGGUCAUGCUAUCCGUAUUUUCGGUUGGGGUGUAGAAAACAAUACCCCAUAUUGGCUGAUUGCUAAUUCCUGGAACACCGACUGGGGUGACUCUGGUACCUUCAAAAUCCUUAGAGGCAGCGACCAUUGCGGCAUUGAAAGCGGAAUAGUAGCUGGAUUGCCCAAAUAGAAUAGGACUAGACGAAUAUCAAUAAUUAACAUAUUUCUUUAGUUUGUUGUUUUGCUGUUUUUCUUACAUAAUUAAUAAUUAACGUUUUUUACGUUUAUUUAGAUAAAGAUACCAAAUAUUUGUGAUUGUUAAGAGUUACUCAGUUAGUUUGUAUUGUGACUUGAAUAAAUAAAUUAGUUUGA